UGUACCGUUUCCUGAACAACUCGGUGAGCGAAGAUGAGACAACAUGGAGAUCACUCAGGAUAUAGAGAGAACAUGUGUACAAGACCAGAGUUUAUGGAUCAAAUGUAAUCAACAACUAAAACCAAGAUGUCUUCAGGUUCAGGUGCACCUCGUGGUCCUGUUCCUGCCGGUAGCGAUCCUAACCAGGCUGGUGAUGACAGCCAUGCAGAGAAGGGAGAUAACCACAAGGGUCAGAUAGAAGUACAAAGAUCUGUCAAUUCCAGUGGGAACCAAACAACAGCGAACCAACAACAGUAUUCAAGACAUGAGGUUCAUUUUACAUUUGGAAAAUCCGACCAGAUAGUUAAUAUAUCUGAUGCUGUGUCUGGUGCCUAUAAAUAUGAGGAAGAGGACAAGAAAGAGGCAACUAGCCAUGGGAAGGGUCAGCCAGACUUACAAAGAUCUGGCAGUUCCAUUGGUAACCAAACAACAGCAAACCAAAAACAGUCUUCAACACUGGAGGGAGGACAGUCAACUCCGGUUGAUUUUACAUUAGCAACAUCUAACCAGAGAGAUAAAAUACCUGGCCAAGGUGUGGACUCCUACGAGACAGGAGGUGGAGCUCAGGGUGGUGAUGUCGCUGCAGCCAUGGCAUCUCCAGAGGAUACACCAAAUCCUCCACCAAGGUCACAGGGUAAGAAGACUGAUUCAUUUCGAGGCUUUCAGGAUAUUGAUUAUUCAGGUCAUUUCAAAAUCAAACUUAUCUCUAGAGACACUGAAAUGACAAUAUAUACAAAAGUGUUGAAGAUGGAAACAGAGGAAGAACGAUUUGUCAAGUUCUGCCAUCUCUUCUAUUGUGAUUUACAGCUGUGUGCAGUAAAGGAGGCUUUUCAGUCUGAUCUGAAACUUGAUGUAAUCAAAGGGGGAUAUCCUCCUUCUGUCUGUACCCAGCCAGGGGCCUCAGAUCCUGUAGCUGUAACUGUAAAGAGUUUCCUUAAUAGUCUGUGCUAUCAACUUAGUGCUGUGAACAUUUCCUCCACCCCCUGGAAUAUAGACCAAGUCAGGACAAUUCUGUCAUCCUUGGACAGCUAUCGGAAGGCCAUUGUGACUGGCUAUGAGGUGUCAGGUGAUGUAGCUACCAACUACUGGCUGGCAGGUGAACGCGGCUCUAUGAAGUCUGCCAUUGAUGUUUUAGUUCAGAGGCUAGGUCCUAGAAGUAACCCAGUCCAACAGUCACCAACAAAACAAGAUAUGAAAGAACCUGAUAGAAAUAGAACUGAUGGGAGUCCUUUUAUUGGUCAGCAGGAAAGGCUUAGUCAAACGGACAGUCGUCUUCAACAGACUGGUCUAGCUGUCAGUGGACAAAAACAGCAACUAGGAACUGACCAGGUGACUGAAAGGACACAUUUUGAUCAACAAAACACUAGACUGGUAACUACAAACCAAGAAUACCACUUUAAUGCAGGACCUGAUUCUUUGAGAUGUAAACCAAUGGUUAGCGGGUCAGAUAGUGCUCCACCAGGCCAUAGUGGAUCAGGUGACAGUAGUAGUGAUCACACUCGACCUUCAAUGGGAGACGGACAGGUACGUGUUACUAGUGAAAACGAGCUCGAGAGGACAAGAAGUCAAAAGGAGGCAGUGAACCAGGAGACUGGAACGUCUGACAGAUCUGUUGAGGUGGCAGAUGUGGACAUUCAUUUUACUGAUACAGAUUUAGGAAAUGUGCCAUCACAAACUGAAACACAGAAACAGAGAGGAUACGAACAGCAGUUAUCUGAAUGGUCUGGACAGAAUGCCAAAAACCCACAACAGGGGUCAACAAGUACACCAGUGGAUCAAAGUAUUGACAGAUGUCAAGGUCAAGGUCAGAUUGGUGAACAUAGAGAUCCGGUCGGAGCCCAAACUGGAGGACAAAAUGCUGCGGUGCAGUAUAUGACAGAGCCAUCCCCAGGUAGAGGUGACCAAUAUAAACUACCUCAGGGACAACCUCCUUCUACCAAACAUGAUGUACAUCACGAAACUGCAUCAUCAAUCAUUACUAUGAAAAAAAAUCUUGGUAGACUUGAUGAGAACAUUUUAUCUUCCUUACCAUUAAUCCUCAAGGAUCUAAGGUACAAAUUCAAAAAUGUGAAAAUAGAAUUGGAGAAAGGUCAACAUACUGUUAAUAUAACUGGGGCUGAGGUAGAUGUCAGAAGAGUGACUACAGAGAUAGUUAAUCAACUGAAGGCAGUAAAGGACAACAAGGUUGAAAUAAACAACAAACACAUCAAACAGGAGGCAAUAAACAUGUUUAGAGAGAAGAGUGUAUUUGACUAUUUGAGAGAAAACAUAAGAAGCCAGGAGGUUGCCUGUCACCUGACAAGGAUUGAGGACUCAGCUGGAGUGUACCUGUUGAUAUAUACAGCUGACACUGACACAGAAAGAGCUGUCAGACUUGUCACUUCCUCUGUUGUCUGCAGAGAGAUUGAGAUGGAUUCUGAUUGGAAAUUAUUCCUAGACUCAAAGUAUGUACAGCGGGAGAUGUCUGACCUUCAGAAGGAGUACAAUGGUAAGGUUGCCAUAACAACACAGGAGAGCCUAGUGACACUGUCCUGUACAGCUGACAUUGAACAUGCAGUAUCGAAAAUUGUAAACAGAAUGAAGAAAGAUUUCUUAAGAGAGGGAAAUAAAACAGUUAAGUACACACCAGGUGGAGACCUAACAGUAGAACUCUGUACUAAAGUACUACAGCAUGAUAUUCAGAUGAUGGAAGAGAAAUAUGGUGUUAAAUGCCAUCCAGUUAAAAAAAACAGAAAGCAGGGAUGGGAAGUUACAGGGCCAUGUGGAACAUUGGAGAAAGCUGUUGACACUCUGAAGGAACUUUCUGCGACCGUGACAUCGAGACACCUGCCACUCGUGGACAAGAUCACAGAGGCUUUUUUUAAAACACAGCCAGGACAGGAUGAAAUGGUCAGAGUUGCUGAGAAUACAGGAUGUUUGGUGACUUUGUUGGAACAGGAAGUAGCUGUUUCUCAAGGGACCUCAGGAGAAGUGACUUCUGGCAGACAAGGUCAAGUGUCGGCUACUGAGCGGUCUGACAGGUCAAAUCUGGCUGGACGUCAGUGGUGCUCAGGAGAUGGCGGGGUCGUGGCUCUGUACUGUGGGGAUGGCUGGAGGUCUACAUCUGAUGUCUUGGUAGAACUCACUCAGAAUAAAGGUACUCAAGCUGUCAGAUUGCAGCCUUAUCAAGAUAAGGUUACUGUUAAUCUGAAUCUUCCAGAAUGGAGAGAUGGAAACAAUAAAGAGAAGGAUAUAAUUCGUAAACACUUUCAGGAGAUUAUAAUUAUGGCAGCAGAGAAGGGGUAUACAUCUCUGACAGUUCUUUUGGAUGACUGUGAGCGGUGUGGAUGGAAGGAAAGGAAAGCAUGUAUAUCGUUAGUCAAGAACACUCUGUAUAGUCUUCAGACUGAAAAUGCCGGGGCCUGUUCCUGUGUCUAUUUUGUGAGGGACCAGGGGAUGUUCAUGGUGUUACGUGAUGUAAUCGAUGACAGUUUUAGAAAUACUACUCAAAAGUACCUGAAUAUAACAGAUGAAAAAGAUGAAGUAGCAUUGGAUUGGGAGCACGUUGAUUGGUCUGAUAUCAAAGAAAAACCUGAGAUAGUUUUACACAAAGGAGAAAUAGCCAAGAUGACAAGUGAGGUAAUAGUGAACACAACAGAUACAACACUAAGGCUGGAUUAUGGCGCUGUAUCUGCCUCCAUACUGAAGGAAGGAGGACCAGAGAUACAGAAGGAAUGUGACCAGUACUAUCAUGGUGUGAAGUUUGGGGAGGUGGCCAUCACACAUGGGUACAGGUUGAAGUGUAAACAUGUGUUCCAUGGAGCUCUGCCAAGUUAUGUAAAGGAUCAUCAACUGAGGUAUAUGGUGGCGUUUGUAUGGCGAUGUCUGACUGAAGCUGAUAAGAAGAAAUACAGCACCAUAUCCUUCCCUGCCCUAGGUACUGGAAACCUUGGUUAUCCAAGGGAUUUGGUGGCCAAGACCAUGUUUGACACAGUAAACAGCUACUUCAAUGAAGGGAAGGAUUCCAGUAUUGAGAGUGUUAGCUUUGUGGUUUAUCCCAAAGAUACACCAACUGUCAAGGCAUUUCAAGAUGAAGAAAAAAAACAAAGACAAAACGUUCUUGAAGCAACAACCCGUGUGCCAACACUCCCUGUGUCAGAGAAGACCAGACUACAGCUUAGGUAUGGAGAUGUUGACCUCUGGGUGACUCUCGGACAGAUUGAAAGGGCGGCUGCAGAUGGACUCCUCAUCUUCUGGGAUUCCACAACACUCUAUAAAUCACCCUUGCCUUGUUCCUACUUCAAUGAAAACAUAAAUCCAGGAGGAGUCAAUGUUUUGCAGAGCAAACGAGAGCUUCUGAGCAGCAAAGGCAUGACAGUUGUGACAGGUGCAGGCUCUCUCCCAUUUAAAGCAGUAAUCCAUUGUCUGAUAAAGGGAGACAAUAUUGACUUACAAACCGUGAUGUCAGUAUUGGCUGAAGCUGACAGCUGCAGAUGUACUUCUGUCGUCUUAUCUCUUGGCACAAAAGAACCACUGACAAGAUUGAAGGCACAAUUUGUGAACCAAUUACAUGAUGCACUGAGACAAUUUGGUGGAAAGAACAAGGCUUUGAGAAGAGUGGAAAUAAUGUUGGAUUCAGAACAUCUUUACAAGGCCACAGAAUCACAUAUCAGGUCUAGAUAUGCUGAUAGACUAGUGGAAAAUAAGACUGUCACAGGUGAAGAACCCUUAGGAGCUACUAGGGGUGUCCAGACCAGGAGUAUGACAAGGGAGACAAAUGCUCAGCAAAAAUCUGCUGGAAACUCCACAAAGAAGAUUUAUAGAGCAAAUUUGUCAGUUGCUGGCAAAUUGGAAGACAGCAUUGAGAAAGCCAUUCAACAAUUGAAAAACAAAAUCAGCAAUGUUCAGACACAACAUCAGACUGAACUGACACCAUCUCCAACUGGUACUACCACUGAUCAAAACUCGCCCAAACCAGUGCGGCCUCCACGUGUUUACAAAUCUUGGGGAGAUACCAAACCAGCACCACAGUAUAGCUGGGCACAGGUUGAUCACAAAUCUUCACCUGUAACUGAGAGCACAAUUCUUCAAACAUCAGAAUAUGAAGGAAGGCGCCUGGUACUAAAGUCCAAAUAUUUUUCAACACUUGAAAAAGCUAUGGUGGAGGUCUGGUUGAAGCAAACUGGUUUUGAGAAUUUUACAGUUGUUUGGCCAUUCCUACAGGAUAUGGAAGCACUCAUCAUACUCCAGUCUUCAAAUGAUGCUGGCAAACUGUUGAAAAAAAACAGUGAUCAAUAUACCGUAAAUAAAUUCCCUUGCCAGAUUGUACAGAUUUUGAAAGCACCAUUAAAAGCAGCAAUUGUAGACGACGUCAAGAAAUGCAUCAGACCAGAAAAGAUAUAUUCUGAAAUAUACAGGGCAUCUGGAGCUACAUGGUUCGAAAAUAAUGGAAUUUGUUUUCUAGAGGGAAGCUUACCAGAGCUUCAAUGUGCCACCUUAUACAUAUCCAAAAUCACAGCAGGUGGAAAUGUCGACCAGAGUAACAAACAGAGAAGCAAUACAAACGGAGAUAGUACAAUCGACAGGAUAAAAGAAAAUCAUCUUUGUCAUCCAGUUCAGCCUUCCAUGAAGGGGUCUGUACAGGUGAGGAAGAGGCCACCACCGGGAUCAGAAUUAUUACAAACAAAGCAGGGAGUACGAGUGUUUGUGUACCAAGAAAACCUCCUUGAACUCGAUGUGGAUGCAAUCAUUCAUGGCACACAUCGUUCCCUUGACAACUCCGGGGGCCUGGCAAGUAAGAUUGCCAUAGCUGCUGGACCAGCAUUGGAGGUAGCAUGUACCAAUAUAUUUCGUGGAAAGGGGAAACUGGACAUUGGUGAUUGUUGUGUUACUACUGCUGGUAACCUUCACUACAACUUCAUCAUCCAUGCUGUUAUUCCAGUUUGGAGUUUUUACAAGCCUCACAAUCAACAAAACAGGCAAUGUUGUCAGGAUGACCUUUGCAGAUCCAUCCUGAACAGUUUGAUGAAGGCUGACAACGCUGGUGCUAGAUCUGUUGCACUUCCUGCUAUUGGAAAAGGCCAUAAUCCAACUGAAAUGUGUACUGCUGCAUAUAAAGAAGCUGUAAACAUGUUUUGUGAAAAACAUCAGAAACCAACCCGGGCAGAAAUCCACUUUGUGGAUCAGGACAAAGAUAUUCUGAGAAAGGUAUCGGAGGCAUUUCGAGCGAGUAAACCACAAGUAGCUUCCCCAGUCUCACCAGCAGUACAAUGUGUCAAUAGGAAAAUUGUAUACCCAGUCUGGCUGGGUAAAUCAGACACUGGAGGAACACUUCAGCUAAAUGACAAACUUACUGUGUGGGUUAUGAAGCAGUCUUAUGUGGAUACACACGCUGCUGCUCUUGUCAGUUUAGAGGAUGAACAAUUUCAGAGUCAACGAUUUGUUGCUAAGGCAAUUGAAAGAAAAGCUGGUGGAAAGUACCGAAAGGAGAAAGAGAAGUUUAUAAAAGAAAAGAAACGUCUGCAGAUUUCAGAUGUGUUUCAUACACAUGGGGGAGAUUUGCAGAAUGUGUCACAUGUAUUGCAUGUAAUAGCGCCAGUAGCUGAUCCAAAGACGUCACAUGCUAAAGCUUUAUGGAAGGGACUUACGGACUCUGUCAGGGCAUGCUUUCAUCAAGUUUUCAGGAAGGUGGAUGAAUUGAAGUUGGAUUCUGUUGCUCUGCCGUCUUUUGCACCAGGUACACUGCAGGAUGGAUAUACGGAAGAGCUCUGGCAGAUUUGUGUUGAGGAGGUUGUAAAGUAUGCAAAACAGCAGAAGUCUAAAUCAAAGUUGACAAGAAUUAUUCUAGCUGACUCAUCGGCAAAAACAACUUUGUUUUUGACAGGACUGUUGGAUUUGAUGCCGUAAGACUCACAAUCACAAGUGUCAAUCGUGUCAUUGCUCAUUGAAAAGGUAAACAAGAACAUUUGGCUCUACUGAUGUGUAAAAGGACCAGAGUGAACAACAAUAAGCUACAUAACAAUGUUAAUCAAGUUUAAAAAUAUUUACGUUGAGGGAAAAGUUAAGCAAGGAAAUGCGGGUCUCUCAGAAACUUGUUCUUAUGGGACAUAAAUACGACUGUAGUCCUACAUACUCUAAAGAUAAGCAAUGACUGUAUUACUCUUAGCAAAACUUGAUUACUUUAAAGAUUAGCGAAGCUGAAUUACUCCCAAUAUAAGCAAUGACUUUCUAAUCGCUGAUGGUUUGAUGUCAACUUGAGAUGUUAAUGGAAAUGGUGUUGUAAUCCUUAAAUUAAAAACAUAAUAAGGGACUUGUUUUAAUCCUUAAUUUGAGACCAAAUAUACACACUCCAUUAAUGUAAAAAUAAUAUGCACAACCUACUCUUAACGCUUAAAGAAGGGUUCAAACGUGUGAUACCUGCACAAAGGAUCAUAUAGGAGGUACACCGCUUCAUGAAGUUUUAUUUGUAACAUAAUGGCAAUACAUACAUGUACGCCAAUUUGAAUCAAGAGAACCUGUACAUAUAUGUAAUUGAUUUGGUUAUAGAUUAUAGAUAAAUUUUGUCUGUGGGAUUUUCAUCAAAUUCAGUUAUGUCGAUGCAAAUUCCAUAUUUAAAAGUGACCCAGUUGGUUGAUUUACUACCUCGAUUCUAUGCAAGAGCAUUAGAAUCAUGUAAAAAAUAAUGCAUUUCUUUAUCGGUGCGUGUGUGUGUGUUACUGAAUGGAAAUGUUUAACGGAAUAUUUUGACUUCCUACUAUCUUAACAUUUCAACUUACUUGCUCACAAUUUCGACUUGUUAACUCGAUGUUGACAUUGAGCUGAAAUUUCAACAAAGUUAGAUAUUUACUCCAAAGAUGACAAAUGAUACCUGUAUCACAGACGUAAUAUAUGUAUUUACUAUCAAAGCUAAACUCUCAUUGUUGCUCAAUCCUCAAUGGAGAUGCUGUCAAACUAUUCCAUCUCUUUGUUUAACCAUUAUAACAAUCGCCGUCCAAAUGAACCAAAGUCUGAUUAUUAUCUCGAAAUUUCAAGUUAGUUGGUCGAAAAAUUCACAUACUAAUAAAUCAUUUCGUUCUAAAAAUAAGUCGAAUUUUAAUAAAUAAUUCAAACCUUCGUGUAAGUAAGAUGCAACUUUGAUCACAUUAGUCAACUUGUCAAGUAUAAAGUCGAAAUUUUGUGUAAACAAGAAAAAACGAAAUUGAUUUUUUUCUGCAUAUGAUUUCCCGUGAUGUUCUGACUGGUUACUGCUAUGUUGACAACAUAAUGUAUAUAUAGACUUAAGCCAAAUAUAGUUUAUGGUUGUAAAAUAUCAAUGUCAGGACCAAGUUUGAAGAUAAGAUCAAGAAUCUCUGCUUACUUCUAAUUGGUUGAUGCAUUCCAGACAUUGUUGGAAUUUACUACUUAUACCAGCAAAUCUUAGUGUCAAUACUUUUACGAUUUUGUUAUUUAUAUAAGCUGGUAAUUAUAAUGUAUGGUGUUUAUGCUUCAAAGGAGAAACUUUUAAUUUUGACACCGUCUAGAAGAAAUCAGACUUUAACAUUACUGACUAAUUACCCUUAUAUAUUAUUGUAAUCGAGUUCUGAAAUAGUCGUUUCCUGAAUAAGCCACGUUUUAUUCAUAAAGACUAUGUUUAUAUCAGAUCAUAACAAAGUGUAACCUACGUUUAUUAUAGAACUAGACUUAUAUACUACAUUGUAAUAGCAAGAAGGUAUCUUAAAGCUGCUUGUCAUCACAACUACAUGUAAAUAGCGUGUGUUUAGUCAAGCCGUCGUCUUGAGAUGAUCAAUACCUUCAACAUCACAAUACACUCUUUUGUAUUGAAUUGUUAUGUACCGGUUUAUUAUAACAUAAUAAUGUACCCCUAAAUUAGAUAUCCGCAUAUAUAUUACAUUGUGAAUGUAAACGUAUUAUUUAUUUGUUAUCAUUGAUAUGAAUAUAAAGGCUAUCUGAUCGGUGUUCAUCUUGUAUUGCACCGACACAAAAAUCAUCGGUAGAUGAGGAAUAUAGUGGGUCACCUGGUUAGUCCGUUCGUGCGUCCGUAGCACUUCUCUGGACGAUAACUUGAGAAUCAGGAAUGAUCAAACUUGGUGUAUGAGUUGCCUUAGUGAUUGUAAAUAAGCUCAUUGUCUUUAGGCACGAUUCGCCUGAGGUUAAGGUCACUGUUGCUAAAAUAUUGCUUUCACCCCGAGGGACGACUUCUUAAUAAAUUAUCACCCUAAGUUUUAAUUUGAGGUGUGAGUAGUCUUAGCCAUAUAUAUUUUGAUGUCAGAAGGGGUAAAGGUAACAUUGUGAGGAAUUACAACAAUAUUUCACCCAGUCAUUAAUGUUUCCUUAAGGAGAGUUGAAAUGACAGGAAAUCCUUUAUACAUUUGAAUUUGUAAAACAUCACUCAAACCUCUUUAUGAAUGUUACUCUGAUGUUUCAUAUUGAAAAUAAUAUAGUAUUUUUAUUAGUAUUAACUGUUGAUACUUAAGUAGUAUUAUAUGUACAAAGUACAGUUGUGGCUGGUUGAUACUUAAACAACUUAACGAUGGUACAUUUAAAAAGUAUUUUCGUAUUUGUUUGAUGUGAUUUUGUCUUCUUAAAUUAACACGCGAGUGUUAUACUUUUAAUGAGCAUGCGAGGAUGUGCAAUUAUUAUUUAUCCGACUUGACAUCCAAGUUGACACAUUGAUUUUGAUAAAUUUUGGUUAUUAUUUAAGUUUCAUCGAAGUGACUUGAAUCACGUCCUGUGUGUUAUCCACUAGUGAAUACCCAAACUUAUUUAACAACUCCAAAGAGGUUUAUCUAAUUAGUCGGAAGUGAGGAAACGUAUAGUGGUUGUAUGAGAAAAACAUAAAAUUAUAUUGUAUUGUUAAUUAUGAACAUAUGAGGGAUACAGGUCCCUCCAAUAUGUAGACUCGGAAACUUAUAUCGGUUUCAUGGUAAUAAGUGUUUUGAUUUGUAUUCAUCAGGUUUGUGUGGUUAUGUUUAGGAUGAAAUUGUUUUUUCGAUCUGCUAGCUUGCACCAGCACUCAUUUCAGCAAGUUUUCCGAAAGUACAAUAUCACCAGAGUAGUCUAAAAAUUUGUUGAUAUACGUGAUAACAUUAUAUAAUUAAGGGAGAAUUACCAGAGUUCCUUAAAAGGAAAUCAUUGUUAACAAAUGAUAAUGUUGCCUUUGGUUCAAUAUUGCAUAUAUACAAACUAAAAAGAAACGCGACUUCGUAAAUGGUCUUGAAGGAUUACAACUGACACCGCAACGUCAAACACGUCUUAUGCAAUGAUAAGCGGUCCAUAUUGCCUUUUGUUAGGAGGCAUCGUAUGCAAUGAUAAGCGGCCCAUAUUGCCUUUUGUUAGGAGGCAUCGUCUCACUUUUUAGCAUAGUUAUGCAAGGCUACACGUUGCCAGAGUCGUUAGGGACGUUAUUGCAACAAAUCAGAUCGAUUGACCUACAUGUAGCCCCAAUUGAAACAGUGAGAUGAACUAGACAGGAAAGUAGAAUCGACAUAGGUCCCCUAUUUUGUCGAUGCUUUUGUCGAGGAAUGGGAAACAAAUACUAUACAAUCAGUCAAUGCCCCUAUAAAGUCAAUGCAGAGAUUCUAUAGCUGUUUAAGGAGAACACACAGCAUAAGGGACCGAUCUUCAAACUGCUGUCAUUUUAACUUUAAGUAAUAUAAGGUACUUGUUUUCAUGAGAGUCUAGUGAAACCCCUUUCUUUAAAAAUCCCUAAAAAAUGAUAUGGGUUAGAUCAAUAUUCAAAGUUGACUAAAACAUCAAAUAUUGAAACCUAUUGUUCAAAAUCAUCAUUUUACAAAAAUUAAAAAAGUUGCGUUUCUUUUUGGUUUCAGUGUAAUUGUGAAUUGUGUCGUCACUGUUGAUACUAUUGUCCUUGGUACAAUAUUACUUAAAGUUAUGAAUAGCGACAUUAACUGUUGUCUUUGGUUCGAUGUUCAUUUGAUUAUGAAUGGCGACGUAUUAUUUGUGUAUACUAUUGUCUUUGGUACAAUGUUUCUAUAAUUAUGAAUGGCGACGUAAUUUGUGUAUACUAUUGUCUUUGGUACAAUGUUCCUUUAAUUAUGAAUGGCGACGUCAUUUGUGUAUACUAUUGUCUUUGGUACAAUGUUACUUUAAUUAGGAAUGACGACGUCAUUUGUGUAUAAUAUUGCCUUUGUCCAUAUGUGUAUUCAGUAGUUGCAAAUUCAUAUAAGUUGAUUCCGUUGGCAUUCUGUUUACUAUUUUUGAUGGGACAAAUUAUCAUGAAUCAACUAAGUGUUUAUACAUGAACUCAGAGAGUAACUUAGCAUUUAGUGUCAAUUGCAAAAUAGAGGAAAUCAUUUGACCAUCAGUACAUAUGUACUUCGAUAUUUUGUUUCUACAGUUACCACAAAUUAUAUUAAGAAGUGUGAAAUUUCCCUGCUAUGACAUUGCAGCAAAGAAACCCCCUUCCCGGUAAAAUAAAAUGUAAUCAAACUAUUUUAGAAACUUGAUACCUAGAAGAUUGUCAUUUUGAGAGGGUAACUCAAUUGCAAAGUUGUAUACAAUGUUGCUGAAUUAUACAUAUGUAGCUUAAUUCAUAUCAACUUACAUUGCCUUAUUUAAGAUUCAAUGAAGAUUUAUUGAAUAAAUAAUGUGUGAUUUCAUGUAAUAAAUAUUC